CCUUUGUCGCCUUCUUGUUUUAAUAUACAACGGCAUUUGGCUGGUCGAGACCAAAAUGUCGUCGACUGCGACCAUGCCCGGCCAGCGCUCGGCCAUGAAGGCCGCUGGCGCCCAGAGCCGCCGUGCCGUGAAGGUGAUGGCCGUGUCCGCUCCGGAGAAGCCGUCGUCGUCCGCCCCGGCCGUCCCGGCAGGCCUGAACAAGUUCAGCAGCCGCAUCACGCAACCCAAGUACCAGGGCGCGUCUCAGGCCAUGCUGUUCGCUACCGGUCUGCGGGAGGAGGACAUGAUCAAGCCGCAGGUGGGCAUCUCCUCGGUGUGGUACGAGGGCAACCCUUGCAACAUGCACCUGAUGGACCUGGCGGCGGAGGUGAAGAAGGGCGUGGAGGCCAUGGGCAUGGUGGGCUUCCGCUUCAACACCAUUGGUGUCAGCGACGGCAUUUCCAUGGGCACCGACGGCAUGAGCUUCAGCCUGCAGAGCCGCGACCUGAUUGCCGACUCCAUUGAGACGGUCAUGAGCGCGCAGUGGUACGACGCCAACAUCUCGCUGCCCGGCUGCGACAAGAACAUGCCCGGCACGCUGAUGGCCAUGGCCCGCCUGAACCGCCCCUCGCUCAUGAUCUACGGCGGCACUAUCAAGCCCGGCCACAGCCGCAUGGACGGCUCCGUGCUGGACAUCGUGUCCGCCUUCCAGAGCUACGGCGCCUACUCGGCCGGCCUGAUCAACGAGGCCCAGCGUGUGGACAUUGUGCGCAACAGCUGCCCUGGCGCUGGCGCGUGCGGCGGCAUGUACACUGCCAACACCAUGGCCUCGGCCAUUGAGGCUCUGGGCAUGACCCUGCCCUACAGCUCGUCCAUCCCCGCUGAGGACCCGCUGAAGAAGGACGAGUGCCGCAUGGCCGGCCGCUACAUGCUGGAGCUGCUCAAGUCCGACCUGAAGCCUCUGGACAUCAUGACCUACAAGGCCUUUGAGAACGCCAUGGUGCUGGUCAUGGCCACCGGCGGCUCCACCAACGCCGUGCUGCACUUCAUCGCCAUGGCGCGCGCCUGCGGCGUGCCCCUGACCCUGGACGACUUCCAGCGCGUGUCUGACCGCACGCCCUUCAUCUGCGACCUCAAGCCCUCGGGCCGCUACGUCAUGGAGGACAUCCACAAGGUGGGCGGCACCCCCGCCGUGCUGAAGUACCUGGACUCCAAGGGCUACAUCAACCGCGACUGCAUGACCGUCACUGGCAAGACCAUGGGCGGCAACCUGGCGGAGGUGCCGGAGCUGCGUGCGGGCCAGGACGUGGUGCUGCCCGUGGAGAAGCCCAUCAAGCAGACUGGCCACAUCCAGAUCCUGUACGGCAACCUGGCCCCGGAGGGCAGCGUGGCCAAGAUCACUGGCAAGGAGGGCCUGCUGUUCGAGGGCGAGGCGCUGGUGUUUGACAACGAGGAGGACAUGAUCACCAUGGUGGGCGCCGAGCCCAACAAGUUCCGCGGCAAGGUGGUGGUGAUCCGCUACGAGGGCCCCAAGGGCGGCCCCGGCAUGCCCGAGAUGCUCACGCCCACCUCCGCCAUCAUGGGCGCCGGCCUGGGCAAGGAGUGCGCGCUCAUCACCGACGGACGCUUCAGCGGCGGCAGCCACGGCUUCGUGAUCGGCCACGUCACGCCCGAGGCGCAGGUCGGCGGCCCCAUCGCCCUGGUCAAGAACGGCGACAAGAUUGUGAUUGAUGUGGAGAAGCGCGUGAUGGACAUGAAGAUCUCCGACCAGGAGCUGGCCGCGCGCAAGGCUGCCUGGAAGGCGCCCCCGCUGAAGGCCACCAGCGGCACCCUGUACAAGUACAUCAAGAACGUGUCGUCGGCGUCCACUGGCUGCGUCACCGACUCGUAAACAGCGCAUCAUCAUAGAUGCGAGGUUAUCAGAAGGGACAGGCGGACCACGAUUAGCAUGGCAGCCUGUAUGGACUGUCGCGGGCUGAAACGCUGAGCAGGACGUGACACGCGGCGUGGGAGGCUGCGCAGGAGGAGGAGGCACGCGUGGCGCAUCGCGCUCGGAAGCUUUGUCCGUUUGCUGCGUCUGUUCUGUAGCAGAGCACCUUUGUUCCCCUGUGUGUAUGUGUGUUGUGUGUGAAACGGCUUAUAGCAGGCGAGGAUUAGAAGGCGCGUGUGAGCUGCGCUGCCGUUGCGAAGCCUCUGCCCUGCCGGAAUGGCUGGUGACUUGACGGUUAUUGACUGCUGGGGUGUUGCGUGCCGUGCGCCCCUGCAACUAACUAGCAGCAGACUGACCCAUGACCGAAUAACUAGAUGACCUUGAACCUCGGGAGCGAUCCCUUCUCUAAAGAUUCCUCUUGCAUAUAGAGAUCGGAUUAAUCUGAUGUGUAAGCGUCUAGCAAAUAUGGUGGACGUGGAUUGUUGGAUGCGUGCUGACGUGCGCUACAGGACCUAUAUGCGAGAGUCCUGGAUGCAGCUAGAUUCAAAGGCAGCACUGCUGUAAGGUACGCAUGUUGUGUUGGCCUGUUGGCCAGGACAAGGUACUGCAGUAAUGCUCAGCCCCUGGGCCCAGUUGUGUCGGUCGAAUGGUCGAUGACUCAAACCCGAAGAGAGGGGUUGCAGAGGGGAGGGUUACGGCCUGGUUACGGGCCGAUGUGUCGCCGAUCGAGGGAGGGCCAGAGCUGCGUUGAAAAGUAAGGGCGGAAGAGGGUGCAGGGCAGCAGGCCUACAGGGUAUGCCGGUAUGGGUGUGCGAUGGAACAGUGUUUAGGCAGGUUGGUGAAGUCCCGUAGGGUGCAGCUGAUUCCCAGACCCCAGCAGAUGGCAAACAAUUUGCAACGGCAGUGCAGGAGUGCGCGACAAGUUGCUGGCUGGCUGGAAGUUUGCUGACGCGCAUUCCGCACGCUCCGGGCGCCCAGCCAGGCGAUAAUACCGGGCGGGCAGCAGGCCAACAGGGUAUGCCGGUAUGGGCGCGGAUGGGCAGCAAAUGGCAAAGUUCUGACUCCCCACGAUUUCUUCGAACACAGAGCGCUUGCCCCGGCUCGAGAGGGG